AUGAACUGUGCGAUAACGGACCUGCUCGUCUCGAACGCGGGGAUCCGGCGCGACCCGGGCAUCCCGUGCGACGUGCUGACGGCGCCGCUCGAGGAGCUGCAGCGAUCGAUGUGGUCGCACGCCGAGACGGACUGGCGGGACACGUUUGCCGUCAACACCACGGCGCACUACUUCCUGGCGGUGGCGUUGAUGCCGCUGCUCGCAGCAGCGGCGGCCGCGCAGGAGCGGGGAGGACAAGGGGAUGGGCGCGGGGCGGUUGUGGUCACGAGCUCGUGUGCGAGCAUGCGCAAUGUCACGAAUGUCGACUUGUCAAGCUAUGCGGCCAGAAAGGCCGCCACGGACCAUCUGGUCAAGUUGCUGGCUGCUAAGUUUGGGCGGUGGUAUAUCCGCGUGAAUGGGAUCAAUCCUGGCUUCGUCCCGAGUAACAUGAACCCCGUCGGCGCGGAGGGUAACAUGUUUAGCAACUUGUUUGGCCAGGUGCCGGCCAGGAGGGCGGGCAACGAGGACAUUGCCGGUGCGGUGCUAUACUUGGCGAGUAGAGCUGGGUCGUAUGUAAAUGGCAUAUCGCUUGUUGUGGAUGGAGGACGGAUUCUGGUUGCAAACGGGCAGCAAUAG